GAGAACUCGACGAAUGAUCGCGUUUCUCGAGAGUUCAUAAAAGCAUCUUUCUCCUUGUGCGGUCGACUGCUCUUACAAAGAUUUUGGCCAAUAAAUUAGACGUGCCGGUGGAUCGACUCGAGGUAGCAAAUGUCACGAUGUAUGAAAAACAGCGUGACACGGACAGUCGUGGUAACGGACAUCUUUUCCAGCGGGAAUCGACGGUAAAGAAAAGCCUGCGGUCGCCGAUGAACGAAGCGGCGAACAACCGAGACACACGUGACAUACGUGCGACGAAUCUCUUCUCGGCAAACGAGAAAAGAUCUCUUCGAGGGAGAAGAAUUAUUCGAGACGCUGAUCGAACUAGAGAUACGAUCUCUAUCCGAGUUUAAAAGCGCAUUAAGAAUUAUUAUUUCCCCAGCUGUGACGUUUUCUGUGUUCGACUCAUUGUCAUUUAAACACUCAAGAUAAAUAGCGAUAAAACUGGCUCGUGCAGAUCUGCGAUCGAGAUGCUCGAUACGAUCUAAUGUAUCGCAUAUCAAUAUCAUAUAAAAGCGAUGACGCGACAGCUUAACGAACCGUUAUUGGAAUCGAUUUUACGACUGAUGAUACCACCUCGCCGGUAUGGCAACGGUUACCGUCGAUUCCUCGAACGCGAGCGACGAACAUCGACGCGCAAUUUAAUUUAUCUCGGCAUUCAAUGAUUCACAUUCAGAGGUUUCCGUCUCUGUCUCGGUCCCUUUCAACUUCGAGAUUCCCGAGCGUUGAUCGUCGCCUUUGAGAAAUAAAUAAAUUCGGCCUAGCGAGAAAGGCUCGCGAGGCAGGUAGCCGGAAACGAUCGAUCGCGAUCUCGCAUCUCGCCGAGGGUGGUCGGUCGGUCGGUGUCUGUUUCGUUUCUGAAUCGCAACCGAGAGUCAUCGAACGUAAUAUCAUCAUUAUACCGCGCCGUCCCACAGAUGCGUCGCCGCGGGGACACGGGUUUUGUGUUGCGGUUACCAACACCCGUUCUACCAAGGGCGGAAAAGAAACGACCGAUGGACCCCCGCGGGUUCGGAUCCUCUACUUUGCUACUUCUGUCGACAACCACCGUGAUCUGUUUCCCGCACAGACUUCCCCCCUUCGAUCCCUACCGUCCCUGCCGGGGCCAUUACCUGUGACGUACGCGAGGUGAACGAGGAUGCGGGACAAAUUGGGGUGUCUCUUCACCAACGAAUUUUACUGGGCUCACGCGAAAUUCGUCCACCGAACAAGGACAGUGUUACAAAGAACGUUUCAGGUUCUUAUCGCUAAUCGAUCAUGUUUGCGUCGUCUAUAAGUAAAUUCGUACAAUCAUCGAAAACAGAGCGUAAUGAGACGCGAUAUGAGAUCACGCACUAAUCUAUUCUACGAAAUUCGUUCGGUUGACAAUCAAAGGCUUCCAACAUAAAAAUUGAGGUCACUUAUCUAAUUUGCGAUACUAAAAGCGUCUAUAUUUAUCGUAUGCGCCAAUUUGUUUUCGAUAUUAUCAAUCACGGUUGCGAUAACUGAACAUGAGAAGAAACUGAAUGAAAAUGUAAUUUUGAGAAAAGGUCGUUGUGUCGUCACGAUCGUAAUCGUAACGGAGCUGUAUUCGCUACGUUAGGAGUCACGAUUAUACCACUGUCUUUCGUUUGACAGUUUCCAAAUUCACGAUUGUUCACGAUCCUCGAUCAUCGUCGCCGUCGUCGCCCGCGAUCAAGAAUUUCGCAACGCGCGGUAGCCUGUAUCAUGCUCGAACCACUGAUCGUACUAACAGUAUUAAAUUGCUUUUUCAUGUUCAGUUCGACGGUGACGACGUGCGCGUUAUGGUGGCAAUACAGGAGUCACCGUUGCUGCUUCAGAAGAGACUCGACGCAGCACAGCGUCAAGCGUAAUUCUUCGAGACCGAAGAGCAACAAUAACGACAAUAACAAUAAUGAUAAUAACGACUCUUUGACCACGAAGAGGUCGGGAAAUUCGAAGCAUGAUCGCGUGAGCGAUCGUAGUAAAUCGAAUUCUACCGUGAACCGCGAGAACGAUGGGCACAGGUGCAGAAGGAACUCGAGGCAGAAGGCGAAAACAGCCAAGUAUCUCGUACACAGCAAGACGCCUAGCGACGAACCACUCUCCUCCUUAGAGAUCGUGGAGAGUUGGGAGCUGGAGGACGGAGCGAGGAUGUCGGAGGCGUCGCAGACAGGGACCGAGACGAAACCGGCAGUGGUAAUGGAGUACUCAACCGUGCAGAAGAUCGUCCAGAUCCUGGACGACGACACGGAUCUGACCGCCACCAAGAUGGUCAUCAAGGACCUCGCAGCCAGGCAGAACGUCGAAGAGAAGAAGGAAUACGUGAUCGUGCGCGAUGAUCCACCUCUGUUCGAGCCUCGAUCUGAAAUCGCGCCGUUGACUCAGGUCCAGUUUGCAGAUUGAAAUUCGUCAAGUCUACCCUUUGUACCUGUACUUCGAUCGAUCUCUAUCACCGGCGUCUCGCGUGUACACGUAAAAUAAAUUUCGAAUGGAACAAACUGUAUUGUAUUUGCAAUUGAAAACAAGAGGGAACUACAACGUUGUUACAAUAAAAAUUUUCUAAUUCCA